GUUGCACAACCUCCAGAACACCCCGACCCCGGCACCACCCCAAAGCCGGGCAGGGAUGCUCCCAGAGUCAGCGCUCCCUGAGCACCAUGGAUCCCUCCCAGGGAUGCUCAUCCCAGCGGCCUGAGCCCCAUUUCCUCCUCUUCCAGCCCCUGGCCAGGUGUUUCGGAGCAGGCACGGGCCGGGUUUCCGAGGCGGGGGGUUGUUGACACCCCGAGCCCGUUCCUGCGGAUGUGCCUCUUGCAGCACCUUCCUGCGGCUGCGGCUGCGCCUCCCGCCCCAGAGCUGCGGUUGGGGCGGGGGGUUUCCUGUCGUGCCAGUGCCACGAGGCUGGGACAACACCCAGGACAAUGCCAGGCAGCGCCCCCGAAAGCCCCUCCGAGCAUCCUGGGGAUGGUGCAGGGAGAAGGAGCCCGGCACAAGGGCUGUGCAAAACAUCACGUCAGGCCCUCACCCUCCUCCACCUCGUGUGCUAAAGCGUUUCCCGGUGCUGAGGUAUCUCAGGGCACGCUGGUCCCCUCCCUGGCCAUGCCCACACCGUGCCCGCGGGGGUGGCAGCCCUGGCACCAGGUUUGCCGUCACUUCUGCUUUCGGAGCGACGCGAGCCCCGGAGCGCAGCUGCUCCGCGGGGCCGCCGGUGGGGCCGAGCCCUCCGAGGAAGCCCCUUUUUGGGGUGCAGCCCACACCCUGCCACCCUCCCCGGGGGUGCCCGCAGCCCCCCAUCCCUCACUGGCCCCGCUGUCGCCGUGACGUCCUUCCCCCGCGGGCUCCGAAACCGCAGCCGCUUUUCCGCGCUCCCGCCCUUCCCCGCCCGGCCGGAGGUGCAGGCGGAGGGCGGCCCACGACGCCCCGCGGGUCCGGUGCUGGGGCCGCCCUCGCCCCCCGGCCCGUGCCAGCCCUCGCCCGUGAGUCCUGCAGUUGGGAUCCCGCCGCGCCCAUCAGCACAGGUCCCAUGGCGCCGGGCCGGGCCGUGCUGGUGCUGCUGGUGCUGAGCCCCCUGUGGGCGUGUGGGGCUGAGCUGCUGGAGCCAGGGCUGCCCUGGGGCGGGCAGUGGGUCUGGGGGGAGGCCAAGCCCCUGUCCCUCUCCCGUGGGAAGAGGGAUGACAGUGGGCAGGAGCCCGGUGCCACCACGAUGAUCAGCAGUGACAAGAGCCAUGGUGGCUCCGUGCCACUGCCAGCAGCUGGCACCAAGGCCAGCCUGCUCCGAGUGCCAACCACAGCCGAUCCCAUGGAUGAUUCCCCCGAGCCUGAGCUGCUCCUGAGCUCUGCAGCAGCAGUGCCCAGCACCAACACUAGCCUGCUCCAGGUGCUCACAGUGCCCACCACAGCCGAGCCUAUGGAUGAGGCAGAUUCCCCUAAACCUGAGUUACUGGAGGACUCUGUGGCACCAGCAGUGCCCAGCGCCAGCACCAGCCUGCUCCGGGUGCCUGUAGUGCCCACCACAGCUGAUCCCAUGGAUGAGACCGAUCCCCCUGAUCCCGACCUGCUGCCAGGCUCAGAGCCUGCCACAGCGACAGCAGCCCAAAAGGGCAUCGCCACCACCACCCCCGGCUGGCUCAUCGAGGAGGACACAGUGACUGAUGGCCUGGACAGCAGCUCCUCCACGGGGCCGCGCUCUACAGCCCCCCCAGCCUUUAUCCUCACCAGCACCGGCUACAGGAAACCCAAGAAAUCCGGAUCUCCGCCUGCAUCCACCCUCCCGGCCACUUGGGACACGACGGCGGUGGCCACCGCGGUGCCCUGGGAGCCCAGCGGGGUGAUGAGCAAGUGCCUGCUGGCCAUCCUGCUGCUGGGGCUGGUGGCCGCCACCUUCCUGGUGUGCACGGGCGUGCUGGGGACGCUGCUGUGGCGGCGGGCGCGGUCGGGCGAGCGCCGCUUCAGCCGCACCGAGAUGGUUUGUAUCUCCUCGCUGCUGCCCGACGCCGAGGCGGCCGCCGGUCCCCGGCCGGUCCCCGCUCGGAGGCACAAGCUGCUGCUGCCCGACGGCAGCGCCGAGCCCGACGGAGACAACCUGACUCUCAGCAGCUUCCUGCCGGAGCACUCCUGAGCCGCAGGGAUGGCUCCUGCAUCCCGCAGGUGCCCGCCCUGUCCCCCGGUGUUUUCGCUUGGACCACUGUGACGGAGCUGCUGCCCCGCGGUCAGCUCAGCCCCCGAAGCGCAUCCCAUUAAAGAGUUACCCCGACAUGGUGGUCUCUUCCUGGCAGCGCCCUCCCUGCCCACAUCCUGCUGCCGAAAUUUCGCUUCUCCAUCCUCCCCCACAAAGCCCCUGGGGGAGCAGAAACGAAACCCGCGGUCACUCCUCGGCAGGCAGGGACCAGACCCCGGGACUCUGGGGAUGGGACCGCAGCCCCCGGGACCCCCUGCCCGCCUGGGCUCGGCCUCGUGGGAGCGGGAAGGGCGGGGGGGACGGGGCGGAAACGCGGGGGGACGGGGACGGGGACAGGACGGGUGCGCUCGCGGCACAACGUGUUCCUGCCUGCGGUCGCUGCAGCGAGGCGGGGACGCCUCCGGAGCCGCCGCUGCCUGUCAGGUGCUCGGCCCCGGGGAGAGCGGCGGCCGCAGGGUCUCGGCAUCAUCCAGCUGGGACUGGGAGGAAUGGGGAGAGCGAAUCCAUGAGAGGCCAGCGAAGGUCCCAGCGUUUCACCCGCUCAGGCAGGUGUCAGUCACCCCUCAGGCCACCAGCUGAUCCCUUCCUUGGGGGAGUGGAAAUACGCCAGGACUGGCCCUCUUCUUCCAGGCUCAAUGUUCCCAUUUUUCCAUUUUGCUCCACCCAGGCUCCCCAUCCCCACAUCCCCAUCCCUGCUGUGAGCAGCUUCAAUGUCCCCAUCUCUCCAUCCUCACCCCUGCCCUGCCAGAUUCAGCAUCCCCAUUCCCACAUCCCCAUAUCCCCUUCCCCACGUUCCCAAGCUUGCAGCCUCCUCGAAGGCCGCUCUGGGCUGGCUGUCCAGGGGCAAUUGCCAGCGUGGUCAUUCACCUGCAUCCCGGCCCUGCUGCCUGUUUACAUUCACCCUGAGCUUGGGAUAUUUUCCAUCUGGAUCCUGGCAGCUGCACGGCCCCGCUCCGGCUGUGAAUGUAAAUGUUUAUGGGUGAGUCAGCCGGGCCCACAGCUGGUGGCCGUGGCCUGUCCCCACGCAGGACACCCUGCCCGUGGGCUCCUUGCUGAUGCCACCCUGCUCUGUCCCACUGUGUCCCCACGCCAGCGCCCUGCCAGCCAAAGCAGCCACAGGGAAAGAGGGAUGCUCCAACCCUCUGGCCUCACCCCACAGCAGCUCAUCCAGCCUCUGCCCCCGGUGAGGAUGAGGCCGGUGUGUCCUGAGGAAGAGGAUGGGUGCAGAUCUGAGGGGUUGCUCCCACUCCCAGCCCUGUGCCAGCCGCUCUGCAGCAGGAGCCCAGCGAGGAGAAUCUUUCUUUCACUGCAGGAGCCGGGAAUUGCCCUAUUUGGCGCAGUCAGCAGGUCCUGUCGGGCUGCCAUCGCCCGCCUCACGGCACAGGAAUUCACAGGAAGCCUGCGCGGUGUCACAGCAGGAUCCUCAGGGCAGGGUGUGGCGGGGUGGCACCGGGCCGUGGUGGGUGACAGGGGCCGGGGGUGGCACAGGGCCGUGGUGGGUGACAGGGGCCGGGGUGGCACCGGGCCGUGGUGGGUGACAGGGGCCGGGGGUGGCACCGGGCCGUGGUGGGUGACAGGAGGUGGCACAAUCCCACGCACUGAACUGCACAUGGAGCUCCACGCGCCCCGUGCAUCUCUGCAGGACGGGCGCCCUCCGGGUAUUUUGCUGGCACAGCAAAGCGCAGCCCAGGGAAGCAAAUUAGAAGCAGAGCGAGGCUGAAAUGCCUCAAAUUGCCGGUUCCCCGGGCGGGCUGUGCCGCCCAGCCCAGCCCUGCGCUGCCGCGCGUUCCUGCUGCCCCAAAUUACACGGCGGGGCCCGGCGGUCCCGGCCCUGCCCUGCUCGGAGGCAAAAACGGCAUCCUAAUGGCCGGUGGGAGCUGGCACCGGGAACUGGGACGGGGAUCCCGGCUGCGAGGGUGGGGACACUGGGCAGGGAGGGAUGAGGACUCUGAGCAAUGAAGGGUGGGAAGCGAGGGCAGGGUGGGAUGCAGGUCCUGGACAAGGAGGGAUGGAGGCUGCGGGUGAAGCAGGAUGGGGAUGCUGGCAGGGGUGGGAUGGAGCUCUUGGAUGAGGGACAAUGGGGAUGCAGACCCUGGGCAGGGUGGAAUGGAAACCCUGGACAAGGAAACUGAGCCCAACACCGGCAUUAAUGGGUGUGUGGGGGGAACUCAGCCCCAGCCCCACCUGGGCUGCAGGAGCAGGGCCGGAUGCUGCUGGAACUCCUGGCCCUCCCCUCGCCUUUCCCCCUUCCCCUCUAAGAUUUCAUCACUGAGCACUUAAGGCCGGGAAAAGCCGCCCGAGCAGCUGCAGGGAGCCGCCGGGGCAGCCAGACGGACGGAGCCUUUAUUUCGGGGAGCCGCGACGCCGGCGGCGACGCCGGAGAAACCCCAGCGGCGCCAGCCCCUCCACCGGGGACAGAGGGGACAGAAUCCCUGCCCCCCACCCGCGGGGGUCACGGUCCCCAGGCGCUGGCCAUGGCUUUUUGGGGGGUCUGGCAGGUCCCCAGAGAGCAGCAGAGGAAAAUAGCAACAGGAUGAGGUCACGCAGCGGCUGCAGUGUCUUGAGCAACCUCAGGCCAGGCCGAGGGGACCAGGGCAGGGGGAGAGAGAGAUUGAGAGGGCUCAGGAGAUGCCCCCAGACCCCAAGACUGGAGACCAGGACCCGGGGAGCUGAGCAGCUGCUGUAUGUGCCUGGGGAAGCAGAGGGACCCCUGCCUGUGUCCCUGCCUGCACCCCAAAGCAGGGGUGCCCAGGCCAGAGCAUUUCCAGGCUGGGAUUUUAGGAAAUGUUCUUCUGAAAUUACGGGGAUGGUCCUAAGCCAUGUUUGCCCCACUGGCUCAAUAAUGCCAGGGCACUGAGCCCACAUCCCUCACUGUCCCCCUUGGACCCUCGGAUGGGCUUUACUCCCACCUUUGUGGAUAAAAACAACAUUAAAAACAACCCCCUGUGUGACCCUCAUCCCCACUUGCACCCCAAAAUGUGGCCCCUUCCGGGGUUGAUGAUGGGGGGACCGUGGCUCCUUUGCUGACAGGAUAAGCCAGGAAACACCCCCAGCCCCAGCUGGAUUCCAUCUGGGAGGGGGCUGGGGGCUGCCUGCCUUUCCCUGGCCUCCCACACCCCCUCCCCAUCCCGGCCGUAAUGAGAACAAGCUGG